AUUAGAACCACAAUACCCACAAAUCUCAAACAAGACUUCAAGAAAAGCCAUUAGAAGCACAACACAAUAUACUCAAAUCUCAAACAAGACUUCAACAAAAGCUAUAACCUCUCUCUCUCCUUCUCUCAACCAUGCAAAAGGCCACGCAAAAGACCAAGCAAAAGGAGGAUUGGGAUAAGGGGUUUUGCAACGACGGUGGGUUUUGUUCAGACUGCAAGGCAUACACAGACGUUGUGCUCGACCACCGGUCCGGUGACACAAUCUGCACCCAAUGCGGCCUGGUUCUUGAAGACCACGCUGUGGAUUUCACUGCCGAGUGGCGAAACUUUGAUGAUCAAGACUCUACCAACGAUCCUUCACGCGUCGGCUCUCGCUCCGAUCCUUUACUGAACAAUGGUGUUCUUACCGUUAACAUCUCCAACGACAACAAGAAGGCUGUUUCUUGUGUUCUUCCUCGGCUCCACAAGACUCUCCAAAACCCAGACAAGUCUCUCCACAUUGCUUUUGAGACCCUUGGUAUGAUGGCCGACCGGCUAGCCCUAGUUACGGCGAUACGAGACCAUGCCAAAGAGCUGUACAAGAACGCCGACGAUCGCAAGUUUUGUAGGGGAAGAAACUGUGAUGCUAUAAUGGCUGCCUGCCUCUUUCUUGCUUGCCAAGAAAAGGGUUUUCCCCGAACCCUAAAGGAAAUCGCGAUGGUCGCCAACGGUGCCACAAGAAAAGAAAUCAACAGAAUGAAAGAGCUCUUGAAGAAAAUACUAGAGGUUGAUUCGAAGACUACAGAUAUUGGGGAUCUUUCGCGGCGGUGCUGCUCCAUGAUUGGUAUGGCUAAUCAAGAUAUGAAGGCUGUGUUGGAGACUCUGAACAAGUCGAAAGAGAUUGAUGUAAGGAGAAGCCCUAAGUCUGUUUUGGCAGCGGUUAUGUACAUGAUAGCGCAGCUCUCCAAUGACAAGUCAACUCGAGAGUUAACUCUUCAUGCUGUCUCACAAGCAGCUGAUGUUGCUGUAGCGACAACUAAGAAGGCAUACAAAGAUCUAUAUCCCUAUGUUUCAAGGAUAAUACCCAACUGGUUUGUCAAGUUGGAGGACCUCAAGAUACUUUGCCUCCCUUGAAGGUGUUAGAGCCAAACGAUAUAACAUUGAGGGUAGGCUACUUGGUUAGUCUGACGACAGAACCCUUAUGUAUAGAGAUUGCUCGCCUAAUCCUCUAGAAGAUAAUCUGAUUUGUUUACUUGUUUACUUUCUCCCAAUAAUACAUUAUUAUUGGGAAGGAAAAUAUGGAAGAAAAAAGUUGAGAUAUUAAACAUUUUUCAAAU